AUGGCUCCCAUCGCUAAGAAGUCCACCAAGGGCAAGGGCCCCAAGGUCACCAAGAAGUUCGUCAUCAACGCUUCCCAGCCCGCCUCGGACAAGAUCUUCGACGUUUCCGCUUUUGAGAAGUUCUUGAACGAGAGGAUCAAGGUCGAGGGCCGUGUUGGCAACCUCGGCGAGACCAUCAAGAUCUCCCAGAUUGGCGAUGGCAAGAUUGAGAUCAUUGCCCACAAUGAGCUUUCUGGCCGUUACCUCAAGUACUUGACCAAGAAGUUCCUUAAGAAGAUGCAGCUUCGUGACUGGCUCCGCGUCGUCUCCACCUCUAAGGGAGUGUACGAGCUCAAGUUCUUCAACGUCGUCAACGACGCUGAGGAGGAGGAUGACGAGUAA